GUUGUGCUACGAACGGCGGGAGGUGUGUGCUGCAGUUGCGUUUACCAGCAGCAAUCGUUGACGUACACUUACAUGCCGCCAUUCAGCAACUAUCUUGCUCUAAGCAAAGGCCUGGUCCAGGGGCUUGCCUCAGACGGACAGACGUUGGUGAGCGAUGUCUACGAUCAGGGUACACCGUGCUGUGCUGACAAUCUCCCAGCACGAACGAGGAGUGCUCGUGUCGACUCGCCCAUGGGUCGACUUCACGGUAUUCUGCAAAGAUUGGUAGUCAAGGCGUGGCUGUCACGCCUUUCCACUUCACCUUCGUGCCGCUCCGGCCCGAUAUGUCACCUACUCUCGUACGGCAGACCGCCAACCCUCGACCCUCCCAAUUUUACAGUACCGUGCACGUUCCAGGCUCGCCUCGCCAUAAUUCCUCUUUCCCUCCAACCCACAACUGCUCACAUCGCCACCAUGCAACUGCAGACUGCGAUGCUCUCAACGCUACUGAUCACCCUCGUUGCUUUCAUUGCCCUCGGCCUGGCGGCGACCGUUCCACUAGAUAGUGUCGACACACGCACCCUCUCCAUCACGAACAGGUCGUCCUCCAUCGAAGUCGAGCGUCGCUUUAUUCCCUCGACGACCCCGAAGGCCUGCCUUGGGACGAACAUCUUCUGCCUCACGUAUGUUGGGAGCGAAGUACAUGUAGAGUCGUCAGCUGUGAGCUUAGCAGUUUUCUCUCUCGCUUGCACAGCCUCCAGCUAGACAGGCGCGCUCUAGGACCCGUUCACCCGCGCGGCAACGUUGCGUGGGUCUACACGCACGACGACGCUAGGUGGCGAACCUGGGGUCCGUAAAUUGGCUCCCAUACUCCUUCACGACUGCUUCGUCCCUUCAUACUGAC